AUGGAUAUUGUGUACUUAGACUUGGAUAAGGUUUUCAACACUGUUUCCCAUAAGAUCCUCAUAGAGAAGUUGUUGAAGUACAGGCUGGUUGAGCAGACAAGAGGUGACUGUAGGCCUCGCGAGAACUUCAUGUUUCCUGUUGCUCUUGCAGCCAAACCAAACAAACGCCAAGCUGAAGACGUGUCUGCUUUUGAGCGAUCACGACCAACCGGGCGUGCAGACCUGCUGCCUUUGUACAAUAUUGCUGAUGGACCAAAAAGUGGAUGUGAAGAAAGAAGCAAGAAACUAGAGCUGGCAGAAAGUGAGACUGUGAAGGCAGAAAUGGAUGUACAAGAUAACAAAGAGGAAGCCAAAGAGCAGAAGGCCAAAAAACAGAGGCUAAAAUCAAUCUUUGGUGUGGCAGACUUAAAAAAUGGAGCCAUUGGACUGUACAAUGUUGCACAGAGCUGCUGUCUGAACUCCGUGCUCCAAGUGUUCCUCAUGAAUAUACACUUCACAAGAAUACUUCGAAGGAUCAGAGUGCCACCAUGUGCUGCGCAGAAGAGGAAUGUCCCGUACCAAAUGCUCCUGCUGUUGGAGAAGAUGCAGCGUGGAAAGCAGAAAGCUGUUUCUCCCAUAGACGUUGUUUCCUGUCUUUCAGCAUACAAAGUAAAAUUGUUUGUGCAGCAUGAUGCUGCCCAUCUCUUUCUGACUAUCUGGAACUUGCUAAAGAGGCAGAUGGAAGAGCCAGAGCUGGUUGAAGAGCUGAGCAAUUUGUACAUUAUCUGUGUACAGGAGCAUCUGGCCUGUCAGAAAUGCUCUUUUGAAACAAAGAGGAAUAGCACCAUGUUAACCCUUCCUGUCCCAGUGCUGGAUUCCAAUUCUCACAUGCUGAAGACUCUGGAGGACUGCUUGGAAUACUUUUUCCAUCCAGAAGAGCUGACUGAUUGCAACAUGUGUUUCUGUGAACAGUGUGGAAGGAGAACACCUUUUUUGCAGAGCAUGAAGCUAGUCCAUCUGCCACAGACUCUGACCAUACACCUGAAGCGCUUCUGCUUUAGAACAUCAGCUAAGGUUCACAAGCUUAGCCACCCAGUGCCAUUCCCACAACACCUUGAUUUCAAUGCAGUCUUGACAGAAAAUCAGUGCGAAGUGGAUGGCAAUGAAAAGGCUAGCUGGCAGUAUGAGCUUUUUGCUGUUGUUGCUCAUUCAGGAUCAACUGAUUCUGGACACUACUGUGCCUAUAUUCGAAGUCUCACAGAAUUUAAAUGGUAUUGCUUCAACGAUUCUCAGGUUUGCCAGGUAUCAUGGGAUGAUGUUAAAUGCACCUAUGGGCAUUCCGACCUCCACUGGGGAGAAACAGCCUAUCUCUUGAUUUACAUGAAAAAACAUCCUAAGUAGCCUUAUCCAGGAGUAUCCGAAUG